GGAGACAGAGAGAGGGAUGGACAUGCCGAAGUCUUUGCUCUGGGAUUUGUCUCAUUUUACGAGGAGCUGAUGGGCUGAACAAUACUUUUUUUGUUGUUGUUGUUUUUAAAUCCUGUACAGGAGCAGAAGGAACUAGCGCCCCCCUUUUAAGACAAGACAAUUUAAUGACAAUUUAAUGGCAGUAUUUGAGAGAGAGCUACCCACCUUCAGGAAACAGAAAUGGUGCACAAACUUCUCCUGCCCAUCGCUUUAGCAGCAAGCCUCAUAUCCCCUGAGCUGUCUGAUGCCACAACUACAAAAACAAAAACUCAAGUGAAGAACAACUCAGGUGUGACACCGGCUGGGAAGUGUGGCGCCUGGGUAAAAGAGCCCGAUGGUGGGUAUUUCACCUCACCCAACUACCCUGAGAAAUACCCACCUGAAAGGGAAUGCAUUUACAUCAUAGAAGCCUCUCCCCGCCAGUGCAUUGACCUGUUCUUUGAUGAGAACUACUCCAUCGAGCCAUCCUGGGAGUGUAAGUUCGACCACAUUGAAGUCCGCGAUGGCCCCUUUGGUUUCUCGCCCAUUAUUGGUCGCUACUGCGGCCAGGAAAGCCCUGCAUACGUCCGCUCCAGUGGGAGGUACCUGUACAUCAAGUUUGUGGCUGACAGCGAACUGGAGGCCACCGGUUUCUCUGCUCGGUAUAACUUCACACAAGAUCCAGAGUUUGAAGAGCUCGGGGCACUGCCAGCUCUACCAUUAUGUGAGUUUGAGCUGAACGGUCCAGAAGGCUUCGUAGAAUCAGCACAGAUAGCCAGGGAGGGCCAAGCACAGCAGACAGACGCUGUGGACUGCAGGUGGUACAUCAGGGCUCCACCAAGAGCUAGGAUCUACAUGCGUUUCCUGGAGUAUGAGAUGCACAACUCAAACGAGUGCAAGCGGAACUUUGUCGGCAUCUAUGACGGAAGCAGUUCGGUUGAGCACCUGAAGAAUAAGUUUUGCUCCACGGUAGCCAACGAUGUCAUGCUGGUGUCCUCUGUGGGCGUGGUGAGGCUGUGGGCGGACGAGGGGAGCAGGAAGAGCAAAUUCAAGAUCCUCUUCACUACCUUCCAUGAACCUCCAUGUGAAGGAGACACUUUCUUUUGCCAUAGCAACAUGUGCAUCAACAACACUCUGGUCUGCAAUGGUGUCCAGAACUGUGUUUACCCAUGGGAUGAGAAUCACUGCAAAGAGAAGAGGAAAGCCAGUAUCCUGGAUACGCUGGAUAACACCAACCUCACUAUCAUCGGAGUGACCUGUGGUCUGGUUGUGAUCCUGCUCAUCAUCUCUGUCAUCAUUCAGAUCAAGCAGCCUCGCAAAAAAUACGUAAUCCGCAGAGAUGACUUUGACCCGGCCCUCCUCCAUCCUGGUUUUGAACCUCCUCACUAUGAGCUCUGCACUCUGCGCCGUGGCACAUCUGGAGACCUGAAUGACACCGCCAUGGCAGAGGACUUUGAGAAGUUCCACAAGCUCAGACGCUCUGAAAGCAAGUGCAUUCGUGACCACCACUGUGGCUCUCACCACGGGAGUGUGCAUGGGAGCGUGCACGGGAGCAUGCAUGGGAGCAUGCAUGGUAGCAUGCAUGGUAGCAUGCACGGGAGCCGAAGCAACCUCAGCAUGAGGGAUGACACUAUGGCGCCCGAUGGGGGGCCUCCUGUUCCCCCGCUGCCGCCGAUGUUAGUGAGCCAGCAGUCUCCGCGCCUCUCACACCACACCAUACCAGCGGGUCGACGGAGCAUCGUGGUGAUGAAGCACAGCUACUCACAGGACGGGGCUGAGGGGUACAGGGCAGAGGAGGAUGAUGAUCUGAUGAUGGAUGAGGGUCCCACCACCAGCCAGCACCACAUGCACCACCACAUGAUCCACCAUGGCAUGGCAGGGCUGGAUCGUACACUGUCUAAUGACUUCUGAUUUAAGAGCCCCUAACCCUGACCCUGAGCAAGCAAAUAAAGGAAAUGAGAAACAAUUAAGACCCUCAUGGCAACCCUCUGAAAUUGAUAGGAGGGAUUAAGAUAGUAAAAAGUAGAUGGGUUAAUGAAAAUUUGAUUAAUACUGAAAAUUAUUAAAAUUCCAAUUCCAAUAUUUAAUAUGCUGAUGUUGCAUGUUCACCCUGUGUCUGUGGGUUCUCUGCAGGUACUCUGGCUUCCUCCCACCGUCCAAAGACAUGCUUGUUUAGUUAAUUGAUGAUUCAAAAUUGUGUACCCCACCUCUUGUUCGAUGACAACCCUUCAGGAUAAGUGGUUAUAUAAGAUGAGAAUACAGGCUGAAACCUUAAAGUGCACACCAGUGGUUUUGAUAGUAAUUUCCCCAAAGCCAAAGAGCUUAGGAGGAUUCUUGCAUAAUAAACAACUAUUGAAAUGCAACUUGCAUUGUUGUGGUGAAAGUAAACUGUAACAUCUGACAGAAAUGAUUAAAGAAGCAUUUAUAUGCACAGAUCCUGAGAGAAAUGCCACCCAUUCCACUGGAUCACAGUUCCCUCUUUCCCUUUUGUUUCAACUCUGGUUUUGAAUAUGCCCGAUGUGCGACUGCAUCAUAUUUGCCAUCGGAGAAGAAGGAUUGUAGCGAUUGCUGUGUUUCCCAUUUGUCUGGAUACUUUUGCAGCACCAAAGCCAAGGAAAAAAAAAAUAAUAAUAAUAAAUCAGUUAAAUGUUAGAUGUCAAGUUAUGUGUUUACAUGUAAUUCCAGUUGUGUCACAAUUAUUUCUGUUUAUUUAUUAAACUUUUUUUCCUUUUA